CGCCGGGACGGCGGGCAUCUCGGGGCACCGGGCAGAGGCGCGGCGCGCGAGGAGGGGCGCGAGCGGUCGCGGGCGGCAGCGCCAUGAACGCGGCAGUGGUGCGGCGGACGCAGGAGGCUCUGGGCAAGGUGAUCCGGAGGCCGCCGCUCACCGAGAAGCUGCUCAACAAGCCACCGUUCCGCUACCUGCACGACAUCAUCACCGAGGUGAUUAGGAUAACUGGCUUCAUGAAGGGUCUCUACACAGAUGCUGAGAUGAAGUCAGAAAAUGUCAAGGAUAAAGAUGCAAAAAUUAGCUUCUUACAGAAGGCCAUAGAUGUGGUCAUGAUGGUGUCAGGAGAACCCUUGGCAGCAAAGCCAGCUAGAAUUGUGGCUGGGCACGAACCUGAAAGAACCAACGAGCUGCUCCAGUUGAUUGGCAAGUGCUGCCUCAGCAAGCUCUCCAGUGAUGAGGCAGUGAAGAGAGUCUUAGCUGGGGACAAGGGGGACUCGAGAGGGCGGGCCCAGCGGACGUCGAAAGCACAAGAACCCAACAACAAGAGUGGGAAGGAGGAAGAGUCCAGAGCACACAAAGAGGAUAAACGAAGCUCUGAGGCCAAGGAGAGAAGCGCAAGUGCAGAGCACAAACAGAAGGAGGAACUGAAGGAAGACAGCAAGCCUCGGGAGAAGGAGAGGGACAAGGAGAAGGCCAAGGAGGCCGACAGAGACCGGCACAGAGACCCCGACAGGGACAGAAACAGAGAUGGAGAACGAGAGAAAGCCCGAGCACGGGCCAAGGACAGGGACAGAAACAACAAAGACCGGGACAGAGAGGCAGAAAGGGACAGGGAGAGGGACAGGAGGAGUGAGGGCGGGAAAGAAAAAGAGAGGGUGAAGGACCGAGACCGAGACCGCGACCGUGACAAGGGAAAAGACCGGGAACGGCGGAAAUCGAAGAACGGAGAACAUACUCGGGAUCCUGACAGGGAGAAAAGCAGAGAUGCAGACAAGCCAGAGAAAAAGUCCUCAAGCUCAGGGGAGAUAUCUAAAAAGCUGUCAGAUGGAUCUUUCAAAGAUGCCAAAGCAGAGAUGGAGGCUGACAUUUCUGUGGGAGCAUCUAGGUCCUCGAUGUUAAAACCAUCAAAACGGCGAUCGAAGCAUUCACUGGAAGGUGACUCCCCCAGCGACGCAGAAGUAGAAGCUGGACCUACUGGCCAAGAUAAGCCGGAGGUGACGGAGAAUGCAGAAGUCCCCAGUGAGCUUCCCUCCAGCCUCAGAAGAAUACCUCGGCCUGGGAGUGCACGGCCAGCACCUCCCAGGGUCAAACGACAAGAGAGCACAGAGACACUGGUGGUAGACAGGUUGGGAAGUGGUAAAACUGUCUCCAGUGUGAUCAUCGACUCCCAGAACUCUGACAAUGAGGAUGACGACCAGUUUGUGGUGGAGGCUGCCCCUCAGCUGUCAGAAAUCGCGGACAUUGACAUGGUGCCAUCAGGGGAGCUGGAGGAUGAGGAGAAGCAUGGUGGGCUCGUGAAAAAGAUCCUGGAGACGAAGAAGGAUUAUGAGAAAUUGCAGCAGUCUCUCAAGCCUGGUGAGAAGGAGAGAGCACUCAUUUUUGAGUCAGCAUGGAAGAAGGAGAAGGACAUCGUUUCCAAGGAGAUAGAGAAGCUCCGCGUGUCCAUCCAGACCCUGUGUAAGAGUGCACUUCCCCUGGGAAAGAUCAUGGACUACAUCCAGGAGGACGUGGAUGCCAUGCAGAAUGAGCUGCAGCUGUGGCACAGCGAGAACAGGCAGCAUGCGGAAGCCCUGAGCAAGGAGCAGAGCAUCACAGAUAGUGCAGUGGAGCCCCUGAAGGCCGAGCUGUCUGAGCUGGAGCAACAGAUCAAAGACCAGCAGGACAAGAUCUGUGCCGUGAAGGCCAACAUCCUGAAGAAUGAGGAGAAGAUCCAGAAAAUGGUGCACAGUAUCAACUUGUCGUCACGAAGGUGAAUGGCCAGCCCUGCAGAGAUGGAGCCAUCUUCCUCAUGAUGGACAAGGGGCAGGAACCGCCCCUCUAAGCCCCAGUCUGCUGAGAAAUGGCCUGCUGUGCCCUGAGCCAGCUAAGGUCAGAGCCUUCGGUUUAGGCACUACACUUAUUAAAAGGCUGUGUUUUCUUCCGCCAGCUACAGCGCUUACUACUUAGAGCCUCCAGCUCGCCUUUGUGGGAGGGCUUAUUUCUUUGUUUUGUUUUGUUUUUGUUUUUGUUUUUGUUUUGUUUUGUUUUUUGGCAAAUACAUUUCCUGCUGCAGCCUGGUUGACUCUGUACCCUGGGGUUCUGGCAGGUAAGUUGUCUCAUCCGACUAGGUAAACAGCAGGCCUGUAGUUCUGCUUUUGAGUCUCCCAGGACUUCAUACUAGCACCGAGCAAAGGACAGCUAUGUAUUUUUUGGUGGGUAUUUUAUAAAUAGAAUGAGGCCUAAAAUGGUUAAAUUGCCAUUUUCAUUUCUACCUGAGGGUGUCAUGUUAGCCCAUGUAAGGUGCCUGUCACCUGGGCGGGGUUGCUGCUCUCUUAUUGUAUAGGCUUCUCUCUGCAGCCUCCCCAUGACCCUGCUGUCUGCAUUUCUAGCCCUUAAAGCUCAUAGGCUGAGAAGGAGAAUUUAACCCAGCCUUUAUGGGCAUCAUGUGAUGGGAACCUGCCUCAGCCACCACCGCAGCUUUCUGCAGCCUCCAGCUUACUCUGGAUGGAUAAGCAGUCCCCCAGGCCUCUUUAAGAGGACAUUGUCGCAUGAAGGGCUGAAAAGGUGUGUUCCACGAGUUGGGAGUGAGGAGAGACUGAGAGGAAGAGAGUACACUGAUUUACAAUUUGUGUUUGUUUUCCUUUUCUAAGGACCCUUUUUUAAAAGCAAAGUUUUUUUUUUUUUUUUUAAUGGUUUAUAUUCAGUUUUUUCACCUACUGUAAAUACUCAUUAAGGUCUUGAAUUACUGUAUGAAGGAUCUCACUGUGUCUGGAGAUGUUCUUACAGGCGUAAGGUCUGAGGUGGUCCUUCCAUUUCUGGGUAUUUAUUAUGUGCACUGCGUCAUACCCUGGGAUGUGUGAAGACUGCCUUAGCACACUUUUUUGCCUAAAGGCUCAGCACAUGAGGCACAGCCAGGGUUUCUCAGUCAGUUGAAGGCAGAGCCCAGCUUUCACCUGGGGCCUGGACAGUGUGAGAGGCCCCUCAGACCCUUAGCUUCUUCUGUCUGAAGUACACCACACCACCCUGCCAAACAGAUGCUUCCAGAUAGUUUAGGGGAGGGAAGGGUUGCUUGUCAACAGCCUUUUGUAUGUUCAUGAGUUCUUUUCUACUGAAUUAAAUGACUUAGCCAUAACCCUAAGUGAACCCCAUAUAUACCAACAUAAUAUAUACAUACAUACAUGUAUAUAUAUCCUUCUAUGACUUUGUAUAUAUGAAUAGGAUUUUUAUGUUGAGAAGAUUACAUGCAUUGUAUGUGAGUAGAAUUUUAUAUGCAGCAGUCAUCAGGUUGUAUCAUAAAGCUUUAUUUUUCUUUUAUAUGGAAAUCAUUAAAAUAAUCACCUAUUUUUCCUAUAAGCGUAUGGACUGUCAAAUUUAGUUGAUACAGAAAAUAAUGUAAGCUUUUGGAUUUUUAAUUUUUCAGAUGCAUACAGGGGAAAUUGCUUUUUGCUCAUACUAUGACAUGUUACCUCUCUUGUAGAACUUGACAUCUCAUGAGCCUGCUCAUCCUUUGCCAGAGUUUUAAGAUUGUAAGUUUCUGAAGGCCUGUAUGUG